AUGUCCAUCCUCCGCCUCCGCUCCGCCUUCUCCCCCCUCAACAACGCCAGGCGCUACGCCACCGCCUCCGCCGUCCAGGUCACCUCCUCCACCUCCAACGCCUCCGCCAGCAUCCUCGGCAACAUCGAAGCCACCUGGAAGAACCUCCCCGCCGAUGAGCAGUACGAGAUCUACCAGCAGCUCGAGCAGAUCCAGAAGAAGGACUGGAAGGAGUUGACAAUAGAUGAGAAGAAGGCUGCCUACUUUGUCUCCUUCGGCCCCCACGGUCCCCGAGCCCCCGUCAACGGCCCCAACCACAGCGUCAAGGUCGCGACCGGUCUUGCCCUCGCCCUCGGUUCUGCCGUCGCCCUCUUCGGCUUUGUCAGGUCUAACGCCCCCCCUCCUCCCGCUACCAUGAACUCCGAGUACCAACAACAGAUGACCGAGUACAUGAAGUCUCAGAACAUGAACCCCAUCUCCGGUAUCUCCUCCGAAAACUACAAGGGCAAGGGUAUGGUCCAAUCUCCCUAA